CUCUUUUUCCGGAUUCGAAAAUUGAAAAUCAGGAUCAUAUUUUCACUAUACGUAAUGUUAGGGGCUAUAUGGUUAAUUUCCCUGUUCUGUCUUCUCACUUCUGGCUAAGUAUCUGGCUGACAAUUGACAUCCGGUGACGGCGGGCAACCCACCGGCCGGCGGCGAUCGUUGCAAAAUCAAAGGUCUCUCGCUCUCUCUCUUUCUGUCGACCAGAUAACUCCAUGGAUCACUCCGAUUACUACGCAAGCUACGACCAGCAGCACGUUCAGGGGACUUACGACCCAUCUCAGCCAUCGCAGCCCCACUGCUCAUCCUCAAUCGCCGGCCCCGCCACGACGGCGGCGGCCCAAUCCUCCUCCUCCUACUAUUCCUACGAUCCCCAGCACUGCGCCGCCUAUUACCAUUCCCAAGACUACGCCAAUUACUACUAUCAGCAGCACCAUCAACAGCCACCCGAAACUCAUCAGCAGCAGCAGCAUUCCCAGAAUUCUCAGUUAUACCAGGAACCUCACUUGCCCUCCCAUCAGAACCCUUAUUACGAGCAGGCUGCUCAGAAUCCGAGUUCGGAUCCUUGGCAAUCGAGUGUUUCUGCCCAUAGAGGAAUUCACCACCCACAGAUGGGGCAAUCUGAAAGCAUUGGGAAAGGAGGGAGAAUAGGCAACCGGCAGUCUAAACGAGGAGGAAAGGCUGGCAGCCGAGGUGCACAACAAGGCCCUCCUAUGGAACAAGAACCUGGAAGUGCUCCAGGCCGACUCCCAAGAAUGGUACGUUGUGAGCUCUGUAGGGUUGAAUGCAACGCACCUGAGAUCUUGGAACAGCAUAAGAAUGGAAAGCGCCACAAGAAGAACCUUCGAGUCCAUGAAGAGCUGCAGAAUCUCAAGAAGCAGAUGAGCGAACCUGAGAAACCUGCAGAAAAUCUUCCAGCUGAGACUAGACCACAUGAGGAAGGGGCCUGUGGGGCUGGUAUGAAGAGGAAAAUGAAGGGAGGCAGGGGAGGCAAGUUUCUUAAGGCUGAAUCAGGCCUGAGACGGCCAGUGGGGUCAGCCCAACCGAAAGAACCAGCUUUUCCAUUCAUUUGUGAUCUGUGCAAUGUUAAGUGCGAAUCCCAGGUGGUCUUCAAUACCCACCUGACUGGGAAAAAGCAUUUGUCGAAGAUGAAGAGGUUCCAGAGAAACCAGUCUCUCAGUAGCAAGUCUCAGGUGUUUGGCCCGCCUUGCGCAAGCUCAAGUCUUCCGGUUUCUUCAACCUCGGUUACUCUGGAGGCCAACAAUCAGACCAGUGGUUCUGAGCCUCUGGCUCUUUUGUCGGUUAAUGGAGUUUCCUCUUCGGACCCACAGGUCCUUUUGGCUCAGAUAAUAAUGGAUUAUGUGCGAUCUCAAACCCAUGGAGUUCCUCAGCAGGGCCAAGCAUUGGUGCCUGGGUCGGGCUCAGGGACUCAGAACCAGCAAGGUCAGCAGAUACACGAUUCAGAAACCGCAUUAGAAACCUCAGCUCUUCCUCCUGGUACCAGGAUAGAGACCAAAACCAUGACUGAAGUAUCAUCGGGGGAAGCUGUUUCCUGUGGGCCUGCAAGUUGCAGUGAGACAGCUAAGGACAUAGGGCCACAGUGAACUUGGUCAUGCUUUGUUUUUGAGAAGAUUGGUCUUCUGAAUUUCAGAAUUCAUGAAUCUCGACAGAUGUUGAGACCGAUGAACAUGUACGAAUUCAUGAAUCUCGACAGAUGUUGAGACCGAUGAACAUGUACGUAUGGAGGGAGAAUUUCGCCAAUCUCAUUUGUAUGAACGGGAACAUGAUUUUCUCGCCACAGUUUUUUUCUGGAUUGUAAGUGCUCUCUCAGCAAAUGCGGCGGGAAAAAGAAGCAUGAGAAAUGAUUAUUUUUUUUCCCCUUCCUACAUUGCAACAUUUUUUGAUGAUU